AUGUUUCUUGUACUUAAUGAACUCAAGAAUGUUGGUGAAGAUAGACUCGCAAACUUCAACGCUUUGAAAUCAAUUAUUACGGAUAAUCAAAUUAGAAUUAAUGAAAAGAAUCAACCCAGAAGAACAGCACAGAACGUUGCAAACUUCAUUUUCGUAACUAACAACGUCUACCCUGUCAAAAUUGAAGUUGGAGACAGAAGAUACGUAGUUUUAAGGGUUAAUGGUAAAUUCAAGGGUCAAUUUGAUUACUUCAAGAAUUUAAUGGAUUCAUGCACUAAGGAAUUUUAUGAUAACCUUUUAACAUAUUUUAUGCAAUAUGACCUUUCAUCAUUUAAUGUACGAAUCAUACCGAUGACUGAAGCCAAACAAGAUUUAAUUGAAUUAUCAACAAAUCCUUUAGAUGUAUGGAUAAAUACACAUUAUGAUGAAUUGUGUGCAGGUAUGACGUGUGAAAAUGCUCUAUUCUGCAAACCAUCAGACAUGAAAGACAAAAACUUUCAAAUGAGUAUUAAGGAUAAAUGUGAUAGGAAACAUAGAAGAAUAGACGGUAAACAAACAUGGUGUUAUGUUUUGAAAGAAGAAAUGAAAGGAUUAUAUAAACAGGUUGAACCAAACGAUAAUGAGGAUUCAUUUACUGACGAUGAAAUACCUGUAAAUGAUGCUUUAUAA